CCUGGAAACAAUGUUCACUGUUACCCUGCUCCAGCAGCACAAGAAUUCCUUUGAUGAGCUCUAAGAGAUUGGUAACAAUACCUCCUAAAAGGCCAGGUUGCUAGGUAACAGCUUGUGUCCUUGGUCACAGUGAAUACAUGGAAGACCCCCCAAAGAGGCAGCAGGUUCUUGGUGGACAGCUCUCAUAUCCCCUCCCGGGAACACGAUGAGAAAGGUCUUUGGAAAAAUAGCUUUAUGAAGGCCAGAGGAAAUUUAUGCACCAGCAAGGCAUGUCGGAAAGCUCCUCAGGUCGAAACGCAAGCAGUCAGAUUUGUGCAUCUGAUUCAUCGUAUUGCUCCGAUCUGAGUGAGUCAUACACUCAGUCAGCUCUGUCAAGGAACAGAAGGUUUCAUCCACAUUCAGAUUCUGGAAUAUCAUCCCUGCUUCCAUCAGACUCCUUUAAGUUCCUCACUUGGCAUAAGGUAGAACAACAUGACAUUCAAGGAAGUCAGCUGCGUUGCCCAAGAAUAAGAGAAGGACCCUCCACAGAAGAGUUGCUCUUCAGACAGGAGGAGUGUGUCUUACCUGCUCGGAAAAGAGUCCUUGAAAAAAACAAAUGGGAAACAUGGCUACAAGAAAACUGGGAGGACUGCACGAAUUUGAACCUUUCAUUUCAGGAUUUGGGGGACCCUUAUCAAGUUGCAAAUUUUAACAGGAUUCUUAGAAGACUAAUUCGAGUCGAAACCCUCUGGUUAGUGGAUAAUUCACUGGUGGACUUAAGUGCCAUAAGAUUGCCAAGAUGCAGAGUUUUAAAUAUGAACAAAAACCAUCUCACAUCUUUUAAACAAUUGCCAAAGAUACCCCAGAUACAGCAUUUAUCUUUGGCUGAAAACCAUAUUGAGUCUCUGACUGGGCUCUCCAGUUUACAGUGCACCCCACUAGAAUCCCUCAUGCUCAAGAGGAACCCUUGUGAGUUUCACCAAAAUUACCGGAAACGAUCCUUCAAAAAGAAGAGAGCACAGUUCAAAAGAGAAAAAACUUACUGAUAAAGCUCAUAGUAGUGUUCUCCUGUUUGCCAAACUUAAAAAUGCUGGAUGGAAUCCUGAAGCUACCAGAAGAUUCUUCACCACCAGAAACCAAUAUUUUUUCACAACUCUGUGUUAUAUCCUAAUGCAAUCUGUAUGGAAAGAAAUCACCAUUGUCUCUAAAAGCUAAUAAAUAUAGGAGAUGCAUAACUAAA